GAAACCUGAGCGUCCAAGUAUGGAUCAAGACCUCUGAGCUUCAAGAGUGACCUACGACCUGUCCAAAGACCAUGAAAUAACAAGAAAACGUGCAGGCGGUGGAGAGUGGACGCUGAUGGGGGACGAAAAGGAGACCUGGAAAGUAAAAACUCUUGACGAAAUCUUACUUGAGAAAAAACGCAGGAGAGAACUGGAAGAGAAAAUAGAGCCCAAGCGUCAGAAAAACUUCUCCCAGGACCUUGUUCCACAGGCGGAUGAUCGGGAAGCCAAACGAGACACUCCGGAGGAAGGAGAACUACGGGACCAAAGGAUGGAAAUAACAAUUCGUAAUUCUCCUUACACACGGGAAGAUUCUACAGAAGACAGAGGAGAGGAAGAUGAAUCUCUUGCAAUAAAGCCUCCUCAGCAAAUCGCGAGGAAGGACAAAUCUCACCACAGAAAGGAAGAGAAGAGAAAAGAUAAAAGACGCCAUCGUAGCCACUCUGCUGAGGGAGGUAAACAUGUGCGACCGAAAGACAAAGAAAAAGAGAGAGAGAGCGAUCGCAGGAAGCGUCAGUGGGAGGUAGACAACGCACGGAGAGACUGGGAGAGACAGAAAAGGAGGGAACAGGCCAGAGCGCAUUCCCGGAGAGAGAGACCUCGAGUGGACUCUCCUGGGUUUUUUUUGGACCACAGGGACCGGCUUGAGCAGCUCGAGCGCCAGCGCGAAAGGGACCGAAAGCUGCGCGAGCAGCAGAAAGAGCAGCGCGAGCUCAAAGAUCGCGAGCGGCGAGCUGAAGAGCGCCGUAAAGAGAGGGGAUCUCGACGAGAUGUUCCAUCUCACCAUCGGAAGCAACUGGACGAGUACGACGACAAACCCAAACAAAGCCACCGCAGCCGGAGUCCGGCCCACCUCUCUCGGGAGCGCGCCGAUCACGGCGACCCACGAAAAAACACAAGUGAGCUCGUCAUUGCGUUGAAAGAGGAGAAACUGGAAACCAAAGACCUGCUUGCAGACCUCCAGGAUAUCAGCGACAGUGAAAGAAAGACCAGCACAGCAGAGUCCUCCAUGGCCUCAGAAUCGGGCUCUGAAGAAGAGGAAGACGAGGACGACAACGGAGAGGAGUCCAGCAGCCAGAGCGAGGGGGAGGAAGAGGAGGAUGAGGAGGAGUCUGUUUCUGGCUCGGGGAGGUCUGAGCAGAGUGCAGAGGACGUGAGCGAGGAAGAGCAGUCAGAAGAGGACUUCGAGGAGGAGAGAGAGAACGGCAAUCACAUACCUGCAGUGCCAGAGUCCCGUUUCGACCACGACUCAGAGGAGAGCAUCGACGACACCGAAGACGAGGAGGAGGAUGACGAAACGGGGGACGGUGACCCCACCCCGCUGUCUCAGACGCACUCUCGCUCCCCGACUCCCGAGGAGAACUACAUCCCGGAGUCGCCCCCGAUCUCACCCGUGGAGCUCAAGAAGGAGCUGCCCAAGUAUCUGCCCGCUCUACAGGGUUGCCGCAGCGUCGAGGAGUUUCAGUGUCUGAACCGAAUCGAGGAGGGAACCUACGGCGUGGUUUACAGAGCCAAGGACAAAAAGACAGAUGAGAUCGUUGCCCUGAAAAGGCUGAAGAUGGAGAAGGAGAAAGAAGGUUUUCCGAUCACAUCUUUACGUGAAAUCAACACAAUCCUGAAAGCUCAGCAUCCAAACAUCGUCACCGUCCGGGAAAUCGUCGUUGGGAGCAACAUGGACAAGAUCUACAUCGUGAUGAACUACGUGGAGCAUGACCUGAAAAGUCUGAUGGAAACCAUGAAGCAGCCCUUCCUGCCAGGUGAGGUGAAGACGCUGAUGAUUCAGCUGCUUCGGGGCGUCCGGCACCUCCACGAUAACUGGAUCCUCCACCGCGACUUGAAAACAUCCAACCUGCUGCUCAGCCACAAGGGGAUCCUCAAGAUCGGCGACUUUGGUUUGGCCCGGGAAUACGGUUCGCCGCUGAAACCCUACACCCCUGUCGUGGUGACCCUGUGGUACCGAUCGCCGGAGCUGCUGCUCGGAGCCAAGGAGUACUCCACAGCCGUGGACAUGUGGUCCGUGGGCUGCAUAUUUGGCGAGCUCCUCACCCAGAAACCUCUCUUCCCUGGAAAAUCUGAAAUUGACCAAAUUAACAAGAUUUUUAAGGACUUGGGGUCGCCCAGCGAGAAGAUCUGGCCCGGAUACAACGAGCUGCCCGCUGUGAAAAAGAUGACUUUCACAGAGUAUCCCUACAACAACCUGCGAAAGCGCUUUGGAGCUCUGCUGUCAGACCAAGGCUUCGACCUCAUGAACAAAUUCCUCACCUACUGCCCCAGCAAGAGGAUCUUAUCGGACGAGGCGCUGAAGCACGAGUACUUCAGGGAGACGCCGCUGCCCAUCGACCCCUCCAUGUUCCCCACCUGGCCGGCCAAGAGCGAGCAGCAGAGGGUGAAGAGAGGCACCAGUCCCCGUCCGCCCGAGGGAGGCCUGGGCUACAGUCAGCUGGGUGACGACGACCUGAAAGACACGGGCUUCCACCUCACGACCAGCAACCAGGGAGCGUCUGCGGUCGGUCCAGGAUUCAGCCUCAAAUUCUGAGUGCCCCGACAGGCCGCGGGACUCGUUGCUGGCGUGGAACCGGAUCGGCGUCUAAUCAGCUGUUCGCAGUCUGGACUGUUUCACAGCGACUGACGGCUCAGACACGCUGAGCUCCAUCGUCACCCGUUUCACUUUUUCAGACGCGACCGUUUCUGUUCUGAAUGAGGACACACACACACACACACACACACCCACACCCACACCCACACCCACCCACCCAUAAAUCCACUAGAAGUUUAGUUCUCAUGUUUUACUUUUGUUUUAUUUUCCCCUUUUACACUUCAC